AUGAAUCCGAACAAUACACCAAAGAUUACAUCUGAAAAUGGAGAUGGCAACACACCCGAAUUACUUGUAAAAAGCGGAUCAGAAGAAACGGAUGUUUUAACAAGUGCAGCUUGUAAUGGACAAUACAAAACAGUACAGCUCCUAAUAGAUAGUGGAGUAGAUAUUAAUUGUUUUGGAAAUAAUGGAAUGAAUGCAUUAAUUACUGCAUCGCUAAAUGGUCAUCAUGAAAUAGUAGAAUUACUUAUAAAAAAUGGAGCAGAAAUUAACGGUCGAAUUGAAAAAAAUGGAAGAAAUGCUUUAAUGAUAGCAUCUAAAAAGGGCCAUGAUAAAACUGUAAAAAUACUAAUAGAAUGUGGGACAGAUGUUAACAAUUGGGAUACAAACGGAAUUAACGCAUUAAUGGUUGCGUCACAAAAUGGCCAUUAUAAAACAGUAAAAUUACUAGUUAACUGUAAAGCCGAAAUUAAUCAUGUCGGGAAAAAAGGGAUCAAUGCAUUAAUCUCUGCUUCUUGUAAUGGACAUGAAUCUAUUGCAAAGCUACUUAUAAAAUGUGGAGCAGAUAUUAAUCACUUUGAAGCAAACGAAAUGAAUGCAUUAAUGUAUGCAUCACAAAAUGGUCAUGAUAAAAUAGUAGAAUUUCUUAUACAAAGUGAAGCAGAGAUUAAUCAUUUUGAAAAAAAUGGGUGCAGUGCUUUAAUGCUGGCAUCUCAAAAUGGACAUGAAAAAACGGUGAAUUUACUUAUAAGAAGUGGAGCAGAUCUUAAUAUUGUUGACACAGAUCGAACUGAUGCAUUAAUGAUUGCAUCUCAUCAUGGUCACUUCAAAAUAGUAGAAUUAUUAAUACAACAUGGCGCAGACAUCAAUCGUGUUGAAACCGACGGAUACGAUGCGUUAAUGCUAGCAUCAAAACAAGGAUAUUAUGAAAUAGUAGAUUUGCUUGUGAAAUGUGGAUCAGAUAUUAAUCGUUUCGAUUUGAAUGGAUGGAAUGCAUUAAUGCUUGCAUCUGAAAAUGGACAUUUAGAAAUAGUAAAGUUACUUAUUAAAUGUGGAUCAGAUGCUAAUCGCACAGAUUCAAAUGGAAUCGAUGCAUUAAUUCUUGCAUCUGAAAAUGGACAUUUAGAAAUAGUAAAGUUACUUAUAAAAUGUGGAUCAGAUGUUAAUCGUAUUGAUCCAAAAGGAUGCGAUCCACUGAUGCUUGCAUCUGAAAAUGGACAUUACAAAAUUGUAAAGUUACUCAUAAAAUGUGGAGCAGAUAUUAAUCGUAAUGAUUCAAAUGGAAGUGACGCAUUUAUGCUUGCAUGUGAAAAGGGACAUGAGAAAAUAGCAAAAUUACUUCUAAAAUGUGGAUCAGAUGUAAACCGUGUUGAAACAGAUGGAUUGGAUGCAUUAAUGCUUGCAUCUAAAAAUGGUCAUGAUAAAAUCGUAGAUUUGUUACUUAGAAAAAAAGCCGAUUUCCAUUGGUUAAAAGCAACCGGAGGGAAUGAAUUAGAUAAUACACCUCAAAUUGGUCGUGAUGAUUAUGUAGAAGAUUUAAAGUCAUCAUUUAUACAAUAUUUACUAAAUUUAAUAUGCCUAGCAUUUGAAGAAAGUCACACCAUAAUUAUCAACACAAUUUUGGUGGUUAUUGAAUCAUAUAAUGGUAAAUCAAGUUUGACAAGUCAGGUUCAGGUUCAGGCUCAGGCUCAGGCUCAGGCUGAGGCUGUGGCUAUGGUUGUAUUAGCGGUUGGGUUUGGGAUUUUAAACUUUGCUGAGCUGUUGGAAAAUGUUUCCUAUGUCAUGGCAGAGUUUUCUAGAAUGCAAAAGCUUGACGCUUUUCAGUUUUUCUUUUGUCAAAAAUCAUUAAGCAAACUGUACUGGGCGAUCAGCGAAAAAGGCAGUGACAACAGCUCAGAUUUUGCUUUGUGUUUGGCUAAAAAUAGCACCGUGGAGAUUUUUAGUGAGCAUAUCAUAUUAAAUAACGAGACGCAGAGUUCGCAGUCCCAGUUUGUUACUUACAGAAUUAUAAUAAUUUUACACAACAUUGCCCGAAGGAAACAAGCAAAGAUAUUAUUGUGUCUCAGAAGAAUAAAAAAUACUCUGAUGGAAAUAAGAUUUCAAGAUGCUGUUACUUCACUUAUUGCGAAGAUGUUGCUUUCGGUGAUUGUAGAUGAUGCUGAUAUCAUAAUUACAACAAGUGAGGAGAUUCAUGGUGUAAUGCGAUACAUCAAAGAAGCAUCAGAAGCUACUGACAAAAUGCACAACGGUGUACAUCUUUCUGAAUUGCUUCAAGGACUUGCGAAAUUCGCGAAACACCCACCGGCCUGUGAAGAGAUUCUUCCUUUACUUGACACGUUGAAGGAUUUCCUUGGUGAAGAGGAUCUAGAAGAACUGGAAUACACAACAGAGUGUCUGAAGGAAAUGAGUCAAAAUGUAAAGGCUAGCAAAAACAUUAUAACCAGUCCAGAUUUCACAGAUCGUUUAACUACGCUGAAUAAAAGUGAAAACAUCGACAUUACAGGAAAUGUCAAUUCCAUAUUUUGGAGGUCGGGACGAACAACUGGAAUAUUACCGUCACAAUCAGACAAAGUUUUAUCUGAUGAUUUCCCAAAAGAAUUUACGAUCGAGACAGAUACUUUAGGACAAGGCGCGUUCGGCAGUGUCCAUCUUGUCACAGAUAAAAAUAAUCCUGAGGACAAGACAUUUGUUGCGAAGAGACUUUACUUUCACAAUGAAACAGAUGUGGAAGUAUGUAAACAUGAGGCGAGGAUUCUUCUCAAGACAAAACACAGGCGGAUUGUUCAAUUUCACGGAUUUCAAAGGAAGAAAGAUGAAUUCUUCAUUUUCAUGGAGUAUCUCAAACAUGGCACCCUCGAAUCUUAUAUCUCUUUAAGUGGUAACCUUAAUGAGAAAACGACGCGACAAUUUACGAUUCAAAUCCUGGAGGGUGUGGAUUACUUGCAUCAAAACAGCAUCUUACACAGGGAUAUUAAAGCUAACAAUAUUUUAAUGGAAGAUGAGAAAAACAUCAAGUUGACAGAUUUUGGGAUCUCUGAAAUUAUUGACGGUAAUGGAGUAGCAACAGAGAAAGGAACAGUGCGUUAUAUGGCUCCAGAAGUGAUGUACACAAAAGAAGGCAAGAUUAUAUACUACACCAGCAGAGCUGAUAUAUGGAGCGUGGGCUGCACUGUUGUGGAAAUGUUAACCGGGAAACCCCCCAACUCCUCACUAAUUCCAGCACAGAUCGCCUUCAGAUCAGUCAAAGGAGAUCCCCCGAGGUUUCAGCUCCCGCACACUGCCUCGAUUUGUUUACAAACAUUCCUAGAAAGGACUUUCCAACGGCAACCUAAACUUAGACCCACCGCUGAUUGGUUGCUGAAAAACGAUCGUUUUAUCAAUGAAGAAAUUGUAGAUAUAUUCUAAUAGAAGAUACUGAUUGUUAUUGUGAUAAGUUAAAAUAUUAUGUUGUCCAAGCUUCAUCACAGUU